CACAACACUGAGAAUGACGCACGAAGAGAACAAAGAUGGCGUUCCCGAUGGUAUCACGAACAAAGCAAGCAGAAUACUAAAUUUAGAAAUGUUUUGAAUUUUUGAAAAAACGUUGUUCAAACUGUAAAAAUACUUUAAAUGAGCUUUAAGAAAUGUAUUACCAUGAGUUAAUUAAAAAAGUAUUACAUUUACUAACCGUGGGGCUAAUCUGUGAAAGUUUUGUGUAAAUCAUAACACAUACAUACAUACAUGCAUAUGAAGUUUGUGUGUUCGUGGUCAAAAGAUAUACAAAUCCGAUCCACGCCUUUUUAUAUUAAUAAAGGUUCGGUAGUUGUGAAAAAGUGUACAAAAAUAGUUGAGCGUCUAAAAACAAAUUAAAAGGCUAUUAAAUCUAUAAAUUUGUUUAAUUUAUAUAUAUGCCUGUGGACAAGUAUGAUAUCGAUGUUUCUGGUGUAACAUUCUUAAUAGUUAGUACGUCAGUGGUUGCGGUACAGUUGGCGGUAACUUUGACUAACUAUUUUGACUGUCAGCUGUGCUCUGUUAUUGUUUUUGAAUACAAAUAGUUUUUCUGCUAUCAUCCAUAAAUCUGAGAAAGCAUGGCGACCAGCGAUGAUGAGCCGAUGCACUUGUAUGAAGUGUUUCAAAACUGCUUCAACAAGAUAGCUAAUAAGCAACCCCCGGGAACAGGGGCAACUGAACGGGGAGGGGGCUAUCAUUCACCAUAUGGAGGCCUUGCUGUGGAAAACGGAAUAUACCCAAGUGAUUUUAAUUCUAUUCAUGAUGCCAACGGAAGCAAUAAUAGGUUUCCCAACACAACGGCGGUUGAUCAGUAUUUUGAUUCUGGAGCGACUAGCAGCGCAGGAUGGUACCAAUCGCAAAUGCACAACAGCACGAAUUAUAUGGGUCAAACGUCUUAUCAAAACAACGCACCCAUGUCGUCACAUACAAUGGACCAUCAACAAGUUCAUAAUGCUGAAGGUUUAACAAGUAGUACGAAUAUUGGUAUACAAAUGGGUGGUGAAAGUGGCCAGAUUGGUAUGCACAGUCCGGCAUCAACAUCUCUUCCGCCAAUGAGCUCAUUUCGCGGUGGCUCUGGUAACUUACCAAAUAUUGGCCAACCGACGGUACUCUCGCCAGCAGUGUACAAUUCGCCACAACACAAUCAAACCGCAGUGCAAGCACAGCAUAGUUCUCUUUCUUCUGCUGGGCAAAUAGCACACCAUUCCCUAAAUCAUACUCCGCUACCUCACGCACAUUCCCAUCAUAAUCAACAACUUAGUCCUGCGAUUCAAAAUUCUGAUGCCUUUGGCGGGAUAAGUGCGAAAGUAUCUGGAGCUGGUAAUUCUACGGCAGCGUCAUUGCGUCAGCAGAUCUACAUGUCGGCUGCAGCAGCUGAUCAGAGUAUAAGCAGCUUCAGUUCGAACCCAUCAACACCUGUUAAUUCACCGCCACCUUUAACACAGUCCGGAGUUGGGGAUGGGACAGUUUCUGGAAACGCCGGUUGGAAUCAUACAGGCUUAAACGGCAGUAACGCCUCAACUUAUGCAAGUGAUAUGGUGCCCGUAACUAGCUUACAUACCAUGGCAUCUGUUUUUCAAGGCGCUCGCAUGGAAGAACGCUUAGAUGAUGCUCUCAAUGUUCUACGAAACCACUGCGAACCAGAAAUGUUAGCAAAUGUUAAUACAUCUCUGAAUUCAAUAGACAAUACAGAAACAUUAUCUUCCUUUGUGGCCAAUUCACCUUCGUCCCAUCUAGUUGGCGGCAGUAGCGCUGCCGGUAAUGGCGCACUAGUACCUAAUACGUCAAGUACCCUUACGCAUGAAGUUCUUUCAUUGAGUACGCCUGCUUCUAGUGCAAACGCAAUUCAAGCAAUUGGAGCUACUGGGUUGUCUAAUAUCAAAAUGGAACGAAAUACAUCGACAUCAAUAUCCGCAUCUUCAAAACCUACUAAGAAACGAAAGGAGCAAAUGGGAAUCAGUAAUGUCACACAUGCCGGCGUGUCAACAACUUCUAGUAUAUCGAAUCUGGAAAUAUCUGACACAAAGCCUACGAGUUCCAUAGAACCUUCGAAUGCUACACAGCUUCAACAGCUUUCUCAGGGUGCAAAAGGUUCAAAGAGACCUCGUAGAUAUUGUUCCUCAGCGGACGAUGACGAUGACGCAGAGCCUGCUGUCAAAGCUAUCCGCGAAAAGGAACGGCGUCAAGCAAACAAUGCUCGUGAGCGCAUUCGUAUACGUGAUAUUAAUGAGGCUUUGAAAGAACUGGGACGCAUGUGUAUGACACACCUAAAAUCUGAUAAACCUCAAACUAAGUUGGGCAUCCUUAAUAUGGCAGUAGAGGUAAUUAUGACUUUAGAACAACAAGUUCGAGAACGAAAUUUGAAUCCGAAAGCAGCUUGCCUAAAGCGUCGGGAGGAGGAAAAAGCGGAAGAUGGUCCCAAAUUGAAUUUACAACAUCACAUGAUACAACAGCCAUCAGUUAGCGGGAAUACCUAUCAUCAUAACCAGACUUCACAACUUGUUGUUCCCCCCCCUACCCAGACCAUAAGCAGCAUGACCUUACCAGCUAAUCAAUCUAGUAAUGUUUUACCACCACAUUUACAACAGCAGCAACAAAUUGUACAACAUCCACAAUAGCAUGAUGUCAGCAAUGACGCGAAAGCAUCACCAUCUUCCAUUACCACUCAAUUGAUCCCAGAUACUUCAAAGUACUCAUCAGCUUUUGAGCUAGACCAACAUUUACUAAGCAAUUUUUUGAGGCGCUAUCAUGCAACUCAAACCAUUUCUGAGACAAUGUCCACUUUGCCGCAGUUUUAGCUUAUUUUGUCCUUGUCCUUAUUACCUUGGGUUUUAGGCACAAGCAACUUUACAAUUUUUUCAUCUUUGUCAAUUGUAUAUAGUUCUUUUUAUCUUGAUUGACGGGGUAAGAUCAUUUACAGUUGU